AUGUCCAUUAAGCCCCUGCCCGAGGACGUCAUCCGUCGCAUCAGGUCCUCCGCCACCGUCACCUCUCUCAACGGCGUUGUCUGCGCACUCGUUAAGAACGCCCUCGAUGCACACGCCACCAGGCUCAACAUUACCGUUGACUACUCCCGUGGGAACUGCGUUGUUGAGGAUGACGGUCUGGGAAUAUUGCCCCUCGAGUUUCGAGAGCCGGGCGGACUGGGCAAGCAGCACCACACAUCGAGACACUCGCCCGAACAUGAGUGCCACGGCGCCAACGGCAACUUUCUCGCCUCGGUCGCUGCCCUGUCUUUACUCACCAUCACUUCUCACCACCACCUGUACAACUCGCAAAACUCUCUCACCAUCCACAACUCAGUAGUCUUGGCCCGCAACACCCCAGCCCUGCCAGAACAGCGUCUGUUUACCUUUAGCCAUGGGACUCGCGUCACAGUUAGAGAUCUUUUCGGUUCCAUGGCUGUACGAGUCAAGCAGAGGGCUGUGGCUUCCGAGAAAGCCGCCGUGGACAAGGAAUGGGGCCGUUUGCUGCGCCAUGUCGCCGCCCUUUUGCUGGCUUGGCCUUCGGACGUGACCAUCUCCAUCCGAGACACCGUCAAGAACAACGAGACACGCUUCCGACCCAACACUCUAUCCAAGCUGGAAACGGUGACACGUUCUUCACGGAUUCUGUCCCAAUCGGGUCUCGUCGACGGCUUGGAUCAUGUGCUUUGGACACCCGUCGGCGCGUCGGUGGGAGAGUUGACCAUCGAGGGCUGUAUAUCGUUAAGUCCCGUGGCCAACCGGCAGGCUCAGUUCAUCAGCUUUGGCAUUCAUCCUGUGACUAACGAGCAUGGGACAAACGUCUUGUACCAAGAGGUCAACCGCGUCUUCAUCAACUCCGGUUUUGCAAUAGAGGAGGAAUCGGCCGUCUCUAGAGGUCCGCCCCUAGGGGUGCUUCCGACACUGAGACAGCCUUCGGACAGAAAUGCCCGGCCGAAGCGUGGCCUGGAUCGGUGGCCCAUGUUCUACUUCCGUAUCAGCUCUACUUCGCGGACCUGGCCGCUGUCGGGCGCCUCUUUCGAGGAUUUCCUUAAUGACCGAAACCGUACUCUUGCAGACAUCAUCGACCUGCUAAAGCUGGUUUGCUAUGAGUUCUUGAAGAAGCAUCGCUUCCGUCCACAUAGUGUCACCGCUUCCCUUCGUGGGUCUACCAGUCAUAAGCAGAGAGAUGAAGUCGAGACAGAGCUCCCAAGCAAGGAUGCUAAGCGGCCACAGACAGUCCCAUUGACGGCUAGUCGGUCCAACUCUACAACGCCCAUCUCGAGACCCGAGUCUCCUUUUGAUCUGUGGCAACGAGUGAAGGUCGGACGAGUUCUAGAAGAGAAAACGAAAUCAGGCGCAUCAACUCCCGUGUUCUCCCAUGCGAAUGCCACCACAUCUCUCAUGGCCAAGAGUCCUGGGCAGAUCGAGACGAUGCAGCCCAGCUUGCGCUUUCUUGACGACGCGGGUAAUCUACUGCGCAAACCUUUUGAGGACAUGUGCUCGGAUUCCCCGCCGAAGCAGGGAUCACAAGAGACCACUUGUAUACGCCCAAUGAUCACCACCGCCAAAAAAGAGCCGUGUUCACAUCCCGAAUCGCAUCCCGAACCUUUGAGCUUUACCAGGGACGAUGAAGGAGUCUCGCGUUUAGGCGAACCCCCCGAUGAAGCUCAAUUUUCGGGUACCAUUGACAUGGAGCCCGUUUCGACAUCCCAAUUCUUCAAAGCAAACAACUCUCAGUCGCGACAGCGGCCCAGUGAAUGGCUCAAAGGGUUGCUCUCUCAAUGGGAAAAUCCCGUCUUCCAACCUGUUGAACCUCCUGUACGUCGUUUGGAUGACGAAUGGCCAUAUCGAGCAGCAAUCCAAUCUCUCGAUAUGGAAGCCGGAUGCUCCCAUGGAACUCAUACUUCGAACAUCAAAUUGUCGGGGCGCAUCUCCAAAGCUGCCCUGGUGGGCGCGGAAGUUGUCUCUCAGGUUGAUCAUCAACACGCUGCCGAUGAAAGAUGUCGACUUGAGACUUUGAUGCGGGACUAUUUUCAUCCGGCAAAAGGGUCCAAGGAGGUGGUUGCACGAUCAGAAAUGCUCGAGAACCAUCUUCAAUUCGAGUUCUCGGCCAAGGAAUGCAAAUUGCUGCGCAAGUAUUCACAUCACAUACGCCGAUGGGGCAUCUUCUAUGAGGUUGAAGAGCCGGAGUCAGCUCAGUGGCGGCACAAAAGUAAACAGCUCCCCAAGGUGAACGUAACAAGUCUUCCGCCGAGCAUCGCAGAAAGGUGCCGAUUAGAGCCGAGGCUACUCGCCGAUCUGCUUCGGCAGGAGAUAUGGAGAGCAGAGGAGGAGGGCGUGCCGCCAGCUCGACCCGUUCCCCUCGCCAAUGGAGUUCUCAGUCGCGAAGUUGACUGGGUUUCCAACUUUCACGGCUGUCCUCAAGCAAUUCUCGAUUUGCUCAACUCGAGAUCUUGUCGCACAACGACAGGCAGCUCCAAGCUCCCCACAGCGGCGUCAUUGGAGCGCGAAGCACCCGACGUUCAUCAACAACCACCACAAUAUUGCUGCACGCUCCACCGCCGACUCUGCCCUUCCCACGACUCGCUGCCGCUAGGAGAUGUAGUCAUGGCCUUUCAGUGGAAGGCAUUCGACUUCUUCGACGUCAGCCAGGUCCGACUUGCCGAUGACGAGACCCGACUCUUCUUCGAGAGCAACGAGAUCGCCAGUGUCUGUUCGGGAUCGGACAGCCUGUUUCUUGGUAGCUACGAUGGAUACGUUCGCAUUGUUGGGUCGAGCUGGAAGGUGGUGAAGAGCUUCCAGGCUCACGAGGUUGGAACGAUCACCCACAUGCGCCAGAUUGAGGGGACGAGCUUGCUGGUUACGGUCGCGGAGGAUCUUAGUAGCGAACCGGUGCUGAAGAUCUGGGCCUUGGACAAGCUGGUAAAGAAGACGAACAUGCCUACAUGCCUGAGCACUUUGCAGAUCAGCAACGGCAAGAAGCAGUUUCCCAUCUCGGCUAUCGACGUCCUCGAUAAUCUUACCCAAGUAGCGGUCGGCUUCGCCAACGGCACCGUAACCCUGAUCCGAGGCGACUUAAUCAACGAUUUGGGAGCUAGACAAAGAACCGUUCAUGAGUCGGAGGAGCCCAUCACGGGUGUAGAGCUGAUGGCCGAUCCCCAGGGCCUCACUACCCUGUUCAUCUCAACAACAGCCCGGAUCUUGAAGUUAAGCAUCUCGAAGAGAGGCCACAGCUCCCCGCCAAAGACUGUCGAGGACAUGGGAUGCCACGUCGACUGCAUGACGGUUGACAAGAAGACGGGAGAUGUUGUCGUGGCUAGAGAAGAUGCAAUCUACACCUACACAUUGGAGGGCAGAGGAGCUCCACGCGCGUACGAGUCGGCAAAACGGUUGGUCUCGAUUUACCAGGACUACGUCGCCCUGAUAUGCCCGCCAUCAUCUUCGACUACCGAGAAGCCCACUGACACCAUGCGUCGUCGCUUUGGAGGCGGCGCCGCGGACGCGCUGUUCAACGCAUCCACAUUUGUUCUCCUUGAGCCAGAUCUGAGGGUCUUGGGACACACACAGUCUCUGAUUUCGCCGUUCAAGGCCAUUUUCCAGAUUUGGGGCGAUCUCUUCAUUCUCACACAAGAUGGAAAGGUCAGCCGGUUUCACGAGAAAUCAUUGCAACAGCGCCUCGAGAUGUUAUACCAGCGCAACAUGUUUCCCUUGGCCGUCGAGUUGGCGCAAAAGUCGGGCUUGGAUGCCACACAACAGAGUGGCAUCUUCCGGCGCUUCGGUGACUAUUUAUACCAGAAAGCAGAUUAUGAUGGGGCUAUGGUUCAGUAUAUCAAGGCGAUUGAUACGACAGAACCAUCGCAGGUUAUCAGAAAGUUUCUUGAUACUCAGCGGAUACAUAACCUCAUUCAGUACCUCGAACAACUACACGAGCACCGCAAGGCAACGUCUGAUCACACAACACUGCUCCUCAACUGCUAUGCCAAACUCAAAGACAUUGACAAGCUGGAGGCCUUUAUCAAGUCACCGGGUGACUUGAAGUUCGAUUUGGAGACCGCAAUCUCCAUGUGCAGGCAAGGGGGAUACUAUGAUCAAGCGGCCUAUCUUGCCAAGAAGCAUGGCGAGAUUGAUCUGGUAGUCGAUAUUCUCAUAGAGGAUUCAAAGGCAUAUGACGAGGCUCUUGAUUUUAUUUGGCAUCAAGACCCGGAAGUAGCAUUCCCUUGUCUCAAAAAGUAUGCCCGAGUCCUCAUUGAGAACUGCCCGAAAGAUGCGACAACAGUGUUUGUCGACUACUACACCGGCAAGUACCGGCCUAGACUGCAUCUAGUCCCAAUCGAGGACAACGGAGAGACUGUUGCUGGAGGCGGCAUGGUUGCCGGCGCAGCAAGCGCAGUACAGAACCUUUCCAACUUCCUGCCUUUACCCUACAUGAACACAUCAUCUCUGCAAAGCCCAUCAACACCAGGUAACGGUACCACGGCAAUUAAUGGCGAUGCUCAAAUCAUCAUGAACCCCGAGGACAUUCCCGCGCCAAAGUAUACGCCGCCACCUCCGAGGACGGCUUUCUCCUCAUUCAUAGACCACCCGGAUGAGUUUAUUGUCUUCCUAGAGGCGUGUCUGGAGGAGAAGGGCCUGAAGGAGAGUGACAAAACAGACCUGUAUACCACACUGUUUGAAAUGUAUCUUCACAAGUCGAACGAAAAGAAGGGGGAACAGCACCGGGAAGAGUGGGAGAACAAGGCCAAGAAACUCAUAGAGGGCGAGGACAUUCCCAUGGAGAGCUCCAAUGUCCUGCUCCUAUCUCACUUGUCCAACUUCAAGGACGGCACGACUCUAGUCAAGGAGCAAUCCGGCCUGCUGUUCGACAUCUUCCGGUCUUACACAUCAGCCAAGGAUACCCGCGGAGCUAUCAAGGCGCUGCGUAAAUACGGGCCUGAGGAGCCGCAAUUGUAUCCGGCGGCCCUCGCGUACCUCACCUCGGACCCGCGUAUCCUCGAGGAGGCUGGGUCAGAAGAGCUUUCUGCCGUUCUCAACAAGAUCGACAAGGACGGCCUCAUGGCGCCGCUGCAGGUCAUCCAGACGCUCGUCGGGCAGUCGGGCUCAUCGGGCGGCGUUGCGACCAUGGGCAUGAUCAAGCCAUACCUCCACGACACGAUCGAGCGCGAGCGCAAAGAGAUCGCGGCGAAUCGGCGGCGCAUCUCGGCGUUCCGCGUCGAAACGGAGCAGAAGCGGGCAGAACUCGCCGACCUCGGCUCCAAGCCGGCCGUGUUCCAGUCGACGCGUUGUGCCGUCUGCACGGCGCCGCUCGACCUGCCAGCAGUGCACUUCCUCUGCAAGCACAGCUUCCACCAGCGAUGCCUGCGCGCCGAGGGCGAGUGCCCGCAGUGCGCCAACGACAACGCAACGAUCCGCGCGCUGCGUAAGACGCAAAUCGAGACGGCGGGCAAACACGAGCUUUUCAAGGCCGAGCUGGAGCGCAGCGAGGACCGGUUCUCAACGAUUGCCGAGUGGUUCGGGCGUGGCGUCAUGGGGGCGCCCAACGCCGACACAACGUGA